UUGAAUUCCAGGGAGGAAAAUCUUAAAAUAUUUUACAUGCGUUACGUCAUUCAGGUUCAAAAUCAAUUUCACGUUACAAAGGGGUAAGUUGUUUUGGUACAUUAUGUUUGAUGUUUAUGUUGUGAAAUUCGCCCGUCGAUUAGCUUAGAUUAAUGUUUAGAUUAGAAUGAAUGAUCAAAUCGCUGUUUAUAUGAAUCAGUUGCAGUUACCGUUCUUUUUGUUUUUUCAGGUCUCGUCUAAAGAAGCUAAGGACUCUUUAAAUGAAGAAACAAGAACGCAAGAAGCGUAGAGAGGUCUUGAGGCCAAGCCCGAACGAGGAGGUUAACUUUCACAUGUUUAUUUGAGCUUAUUUUCAUAACUGUGGUGAUAUUUAAGCUUAAGUUUAACCUGUUAAAUUGAUUAAGCAUUGCCUAGCUUGUGUCGUACACGUAAUCUAUUAAAUCUCGGACUAUGGACUUAACCAGAAGUUUUUAUAGUUUCGUCUAUUCAUACCAUUUGUAUUAACCCAAUACCACAGAUUGAUCUGUGGUAUUGGGCUAAUAUAAUUAGCAAUUAAUGAAUGAGGCUGAGUAGGAUAUGAAGAAUUAAGCAGAUUGAGGAGGGUGUUAUCCACCGAGGCUGAAGGCCAAGGUGGAUAACACGCUCUGAGAUCUGCCUAAUUCUUCAUAUCCUACGAAAGCCGAAUUUGUUGAUUGCUUUAUUAUUCAUUCAAAAUAAUUCCUAGUUUAAAAGCAUAGCUAAAACAUACUUACCUGCAUCGACGUUAAGUUUAUCUUUGAUAGUGUAUGUUUAGGUUUGUCCAGCUCCACAAAUGUUCACAGAAAAAAAUAACCGAUUCCCAUUAUUGGAUAUUUUAGGGUAUUUAAAGAAUACCCACAAAAAUCCCAAAUUUGGAAGAGUCAGACAAGUCCCAAUCAGGGAACUUGGUUGGGAAUUCCCGGGUUGGUACUCGUCUCACUUUGCCAAAUUUGGGAUUUUUAUGGGUAUUCUUUACAUACCCUAAAAAUUCCAAAAACGGGAAUCCGUUAUUUUUUCCUGUGAUUCUCCAAAUAGCAGAUGUCACCCUCAGAGUUGUCUUCUUGCUGUUUUUGCCAUGUUUUUAGCCAUUAUUUUGCCUAGUUCCAGUUGUAGUUCUUACUCUUGAAACAAGUGAAGUGUCUGCUAUUUUAGUUUUCACAACGAAGACAACUCAACCUCGUCUCCAGGUCUGCUUGGUUAAUGGUGCAUUAACCUGUAGAGGGCUGCAUGUUUUACUUCAUUUCCUCGUAAACAAAAAAUUCUUCCAAAUUUGGUCAUCAGUAACUGGUUAUGGUGAAUUAUGCGUGUGCUUUUAGCCAAUCAGAAUUGGGGAAAUAUUUUGAAUGAAUAAUAAGUGGUAUUAAUUAAUAUCUGUACACCUUGGUCAAGGACUUAACGCCUUUUCUUCUUACCCUUGAAGAAUUCCACAAAAUUGUAUUCACCUCUGAAGACUUAUAAAAUGUGGGUCUUCCACAGAAGAAUAUGUGUUUACCCCUGAAGAAUUUCGAAAAAGUUGAUUUUUUCCUUGUUCACUGCUGAAGAUUUUGUUAAAAAUCAAAGCUUCACCCCUAAAGAACUCCAUAUUUUUAUUGCUCUACCCCCAAAGAAAUCCCCAAUUUUUAUGACUUACCCCUGAAGAAUUCCAUUGGUCCACAACCGGGGGGAAUGCGGGUAUUAAAUGCAAUAGCCCGUUGUCAUUUCAUUUCCUACUUGUUAUUAAGAGAUUAUAAUGAAAGAGAUUUUAUCUUAACAUCUUUGUUACAUCGGUCAUACAUUAUAUUCGAUUUAUGGGUGAUUAAAGUUACUUUUUUCAACUUUUUUUUUAAAGGUGAAGUUACUAACUUUUUUCUGUCAUGGAUUUGUAGGCUACUAUACUUCAAAGCGACAAAGAGAAACGGAAGAAGCUUCGUCUUAAACAGGUGAAUCCAAAAGAAUAUUAAGCUCCAUCUGUGAAAUAUCUGUUACAGGUCAAAUUUGAUUUCAGGUUAAUUUUGAUUUAACCUAGGUUGAUUUUGUUAACCUAGGUUAAAUUUAUUAAGUACUGUUAUAUAGUUAUGCAGUAAGCCAUAUUUAUGGCAAUGAUUGGGAGUCAAUAAAAUGUGUUUUGUGAUCAGCUUUUUGCAGUUGGACAUCUGCUGUGCACCAGAGAUGGAACUCCUGGGAGUCUUAUAUAGAGAGGCUCUGCCCCCCAGUCCAAUGCCUUACGAUUUUAUAUAUCGUCAGCUUUUGAGAGAAAAGCUGUUUAACUGCUGUGAAAACACUGUUUUCAAAACAUGAAUAAACCACAAAACCAAAAAUUUUUCAUGACUUUUUUUGCAGCCAUAAAAAGAUCUGUUAGCCUUUUUCAGGGCCUUUCUACAGACCAAAUCAGCUACUCCAAGUUUGAAAAUGAGUCAUACAUUAUAAAACUAUAUCCCUCGAAGGGGAGGUAAACAGUGGUGGAUAUAUAUACUGAGACCCGAAGCAUCAAGAGGUAUUUAUCUAGUGCUGUUCACCGAUCCUGAUGGGGUAGUUGUUUUACCAAAUCAGUUGGAUUAAAAUAAAAAAGUAACUACAGUCGACUCCCGAUAACUCGAACCUUCAAGGGAAAUCGAAAAAGGUUCGAGUUAUCGGGAGUUCGAGUUAUCGGGAGCUCGAAGAAAAUAGCCGGGAGUAAGGAAAAAAACAGUUUUUACGGCACAGUCAGUAUUCUAAUCACAUUUAAUAGUAAAUAUGUUGAGUGAAAAUUAAAAGAUACUGUUAGAUUAUAAAUCAGAACGUAAACUAAACUACUAAAGUAACAAAACGUUGCCUAAAUAGAGCAUGCAUUUUACUUUUUGAGAAGUAAAGCUAUUUCACGUUAGAUUUGUGGCAAACAUCAUCAGCCUCCACUAUCGAUCCACUAGUAAACUAUAUGCCAACAACACGUCAAUGGGAAAUUCAAAAUUCAAUGUUUCGGAGGCAGUACACUCUUUUUUCCCGACUUUUUAAGGGCUCAAAACAUGGUUCGAGUUAUCAAGGAUAAAAUUAUAUAGAAAUGAUCUGAGGGGAAAUUACAGUAAAUGUAUGACGGAAAUCCAGGGGAAAUCGAUUUUGGUUCGAGUUAGCGCGAGGUUUGAGUUAGCGAGGGUUUGAGUUAUCGGGAGUCAACUGUAUUUGUAAAUUAAAAAUGUCCCUUAAUAGGAACUUACUUUGUUUAUUAAAUUACUAACAUAAUUGGGUUAGUGUCAAGUGCAUGUUUGCAAUUUUGUUGCAAAUUCAGCAUGAAAAUAAUUUUCUACCUACCAGUAAACACUGACAGGCCAAAGUUUGUCACAUUCUUGGUAUUUGUUUAUACUUCUUCAUUUAUUGCUUGAAUUUCGUCAAUCAAAAAUGUCUCAAAACGAGAUGCCAUCUUGGCUCAGGUUGCAAAACAGUGAAUGGCCAAGGCUAUUCUGAGUUAUGAGAGCCAAUCAAAAUGUGCAAAAAUUGCUAUUCACUGAUUUGGUAAAUACUAAUAAAGUAAAUAUGGGAGGAUUUGUAAGUUAAAUGUCCUGCUACUGUCCUUGAGAGACCAUUUACUUAAACCCCAAUGACAGCCCUGUGUUAUCCUAAUGUGUAGACUGGAAAGGUUUUGAUAUGAGAUGGGAGUUCUUUCUUUUAUCAACUGAGUAGAGCUACAUACACCUACCAGUAUUGCACCAUUAUAAUUAUACUUUAGAUUUAAGCAAUAGAAAACGUUUUCUGUGUUUGCAUAGCCUCAUAUAAACAUGAGAGGGUGUUGGGAAAGAAAUUGAGAAUUUUCCCAACCCUUCGAGUGUUUAUAUCAGGCUAUGCAUACACAAUAAAAAAGUUUUCUAUUGCUUUUUAGUUUUAUGAAAUACCUUUCUAGAGAAAAGAAAGCAAAACUCUGCUAAAAGAGAAAUUCUUACCAACCAGGUUGAAGUUAGUGUUGUACGUGAAGUUUUGUGCGCAUAAUCAGUUCUUGCUUUGCAAAAAAAGAUGCUUUCCAAAAUACAGAUUUUUCUGGCUUAAAAUGUUGACAUAUGCGAAAAAAUUGGCACAGCAUGUUUGUAAAGAUUUUCCAAGUCUCAACAAACAAAAAAAUGGGUAUAACAGUAAACUUUUCGAGUUUUCAACUCAAUAUCUUUUUAAAAUUUUUUGCUUAUGAUUAGCUAGCACAUACAACUAAAACAUCUUGACGUCAACUGUGCUUAUAUACUCUUAUGCAAACACUCUUCUUGACCAAUCAGAGUGUAGUACUCUCUUAGUUAUUUUGUAAAUAAAGAUAACUACUCCAUUGAUAUAUCUGUUCAUAUGUAGGUCAGAGAACAGGAGAAAGCUUUUUCUCGAAAGUUGCUGGAAGAUGUGAGGAAAAGAAAAACUGUUGAAACAAAACACCUUGCUUCCCACCUCAAGGUAUUUUUUUAUCCAUAAUGUGUUUGUGGCAAAUAUUUAUUAUUAUAUUGCAUUAUUGACCUAGUGUGAGACCAAGAUGGCAGGAUAUUGGCCAACUACUUUUUUUUUUGUAAGAAAGAAUGAGGCCAAUAGACAGCCAUCUUAGCUGAGCGUGCUUGGUCAAUAAGGAAUUUAUUAUAUGACCAAAAAGAGAACUUUUAAUGACAGGACCAACACAGGAAAUCCUGAGUGGGUAAGAUGAACCCAUCUUGCCCACUCGGGUAGCCAAUCUAUCAUAAUGUAGGAUUUACUUUAUCUUGCACUAGGUCUCAAAAUUGCGACUGAUACGGUCACCAAUGUGACUAACAUUUUCUCCUUGGUGACUAAAAAUUCUGGUUUAGUUGCCACUUUGGCAACCAGAUUUCUCUGUGCUUUAGAUUUAAAUUAAAAGAGUCUAGUUAAAACAAACAUUUCAUCUUAUCUUGCUUUCCUUUUGUCAUAAAAAAUGUGCUGAAUCGCUUUAUAAAGAAAGCCAGUUUGCCUGAAAAUUCAUACCGACUUCUGUCCGCGAUAUUUUUAAACAAUCAAAUCUGAUGGAUCGGCCAUACUAUGAGCUGCGUCAUUUACAUUGUACAAAGUGCCGACGAUAAAUUUGCGUGUGGCGACUAUAUUUCUCCAGUUGGUAGCCAAAAGGUGACCUGAGGAUUUUCUUAAUUUCAAGCCCUGUCUAGCCUGCUGAUGGAUUCAGCUACACUGAUGUAUAUAGUAACAAUUGUUAUUUGUGUGUAUUUUGAUCACUGUAUUAAAUAAAUUUUAUACUUGUGGAUCUAUAGGCGGCAUCUUCAUUGUAGGUUGCAUCCCAAACUUUCAAAUUGUAUUGGUGAAACAAAAUAAUUAGUGAACUGCAAUCAGUGCUUUAGUAGUUCCUUAUAGUGAAAUCCAAAACUUCCCUCUUUAGAAACUAUAUUAAGGGGAAUAGGUACAAGCCUUUGGUGCAACAAAUUUUUGGAUCGUUUUGGUGGAUAAGGAUUAGUUAAAAGUGAUUGCAGUGACUUUGUUAUGGUGAGUCCUGGGAAUGUUAAAAUAUUUACUUAAUUGUUUUCAAUGUUUUGUAAAGCACCUAGAGCAGGACCAGAUAGGUGCUAUCAAAUUUUAAUUAUUAUAAUUAUUUAUAAAUUAUUUAUUGCAAAUUGCUUGUUAUAAUUCUCUCUCUAUUUGAUUUCUGCAGAGCCAAUGGGAGAAUGAGCAAAAUUUGAAACGGUCACUGCUUGAGAGAAAAUAUCAAGAAAACCUUGCGGAAAUUGGAUUAGCCCAUCAAACAGCUUCUGAGGUACACAUUAAAUUUUAUCAUAAAAAGUCAUUGCAGCCUUUAUUCCUUCUGCACCUGGUUGAUCUGGUUUUAUCCAGGCUUUGUUAGUGGCCACCUACAUGUAUAAAUUUCUAGGUCUGUUUUUAAGGACUGUCUAAGUUAUGUAGAUAAUUAACACUUUUUAAAUCUUAGAACUAUAGAAGGUAAUAAGGUAGGUAAAUUAAGGUGCACACAAACCAAAGGCCCACACAGCUGGAGCUUAUUUCCGGUUUCCGUAGCAGGAAGCAUGCCUAGCUACUCCCCCCUGGAUGGGAUGCUAGUCCAUUGCAGGGUUACCCCCCAGCAGUAUGUCACUGGUACCCUUUCAUACACUUAGGUGAAGAGAGACAAAGUGGAGUAGGGUUCCUUCUCUAAGGGAACAAUGUGACGGGCAAGGCUUGAACCCUGGACCUCCAGAUCCAGAGUUCAAGGUGUCGACCACUCGGCCACACACGCUUCCGAGAACUAUACAGACAAGGCUUAAAACAAUCACGGUUUAUGAAAACAAAUUUUACUCUCAUGGAAUAUAACACAUUUUCGUUUGGUUUAAACUCAAAUUGCUGCUUAUUGGCUACUGUACCUGCCUUUAAGGUAUGUCUUUUUCUCAAAGUUAUAGAAAAUUGUUUUUGUUGUGAAAUUUUGCCUUUCCAGUGCGUAUAAUAAUAAUACAAUAAUAUAUUUUUUACAGGACCAAACUAGUUAUACCAAACCAGAGUUAAGUGAAGAAGAGAAACAUAGGUAAACUUAAAGGGAUGAAAACUUUGUUUUAUAAUUUUAACCCUAAACUCAUCGAAUUUUAGAUUUUGUUUGUAUUUAAAUGCAGCUGAAGAUGGUGCCUGCAUUUGCUAGCAUUAUCUUUCAUCUGAGAUUUACUGGCAUGCUCCAACAGCUACCAGUCUGUAGAUAGGGACUUUUGGGAAUUUACAGAUUCUCUUUUUCAGUUUUGAGCUCAAAUAUUUUGUUUGCAUUGCUUUACAUUGUUCUUCUUCAUGAAUUCUGCUCCCCACCCAGUCCUCCCUUUGUGAAGUGUAAUUCUAUGUUACAGAUCAAAAUUUUCAGAUUAAGAUUUUUGGUCGGAUGGUGGAAUAUCCAGCCUACUAAAAGUAAUAUCUCACUUCAAAAACUGCUCCUGCAGUCUUGCAGUUGUCCCAUUUGCUUGAUAAAUUCUGACAUUGACUGCAGGAAUGUGGGAGUUCAAAUUGUAUACCCUUUACUAUUUACUUCUCAGCCACUGCGGGAGUUUUGUUUAACUUACUUAGAUUUAAAGUAUUUGGUGUAACAGAACACAACUGCUGGACUGCGAGAGCAGUUUUUCAAGUAAGACAUUUAGUGGACCAGGUAUUCUGCAAUGGUUUUUUUAAAAUCCUAGGUUGAUUUUCAAUUUCCUUUGUCUCCUGUAACCCGAGUUAUUCAUGAAUUAGGGCUAGGAGUCAAAAGAAAAUUGGGAAUCAACCUGGUUAAAACAUUUUAACCUGAAUUUAAUUUUUACGUGUAACAUAUAGUAGGUAUGCUGGAUCGUUAUACCUUUCUGGGAAACUGCCUACCUACCCCUCCCCUAAGCCAACAUCAACACUUACUUCUCACUUAAGGCAAAAUGUGGGCUUAGGGGAGGGGUAGGUGGGCAGUUUCCCAGAAACGUUUAAUGAUCGAUGCUGAGGUUCUAUUGGCUAGCCAUGUGACUGUGGAUGCCACAAGUGAACAUUUGCACGAUUAUGCUCUACAAUUCUCUGCACUUCUUGGUUCCACCAGUAUCUCUGGCACUUUCUCCCAUGCUCAUCUUUGUUGUCGAGUUUGGCGUCUAAUAGACAAUCCGUUGGCACUCUUUUUUCAGAGCAUCAGAAAGAUACAAGAAAGCACUGGAACAGGUACUCAUUAGCGUGGCUGUAAUAGAGUUAAAAUUUAGCUGCUCUCUUUAUUCAAUCACUCUUAGGACGUAGGCAGUGAUUUUGCUAUAAAUAGUUAUCGUGAGUCCUGGGACCCAUCUUGUGAAUAAUCACGAGUCCCUGUCCAUACCCAAUGAGUCCCAGGUCAAAAAAAAAAAAUGCUUGGGCCUUUUUGUAACCAGACAGUUAAUCUAGAGUCAGAUGCCAAAACUCUUUAUUUGCAUUACAUUUCAUUGAAAUUAAAAUAUAGUCCUUUUAUCAUUUUAUGUCAUAUAAUUAUGUAAAGAACAAAAAAGGCUAGUUAAAAUAAAUAUUCUUCUUUACACAACAGCCACAGAAAUCACACAAACAGGAUAAAGGACCAAGACAUCUUCAAAUUGAUCAAUUUUUCUUUGCAUCCUAUGGCAUCCUAUGGGAUGUAUGCCAUGAAUUAUUUUGUAUCUUUGGGGAUUUUUAUGCAUCAGGGACACAGGACCCAGAGGUAACAAAAUCACUGGUAGGUGAUAAGGUUUGUCCUCCAGGAGAGAGCUGACGUACUGCAUGUACAAGGAACUUUAAUUGGCAGAGCUAUCACGAAUGGCCAGUGACAGGGGAAUUCCCCAUCUAGCUUCUUAAAAAAUGAAAGAAAAAUAGAACCAAAAGAAAUUCUCAGCUGUUUGAUUCAAGACUGUUAAAAAAAGACAAAAUUACAUUUUAUUUUCUUUUUUGCUUUAGCUUGUGUAUGACAGGGCCAAGAGCACACAGUCAGAGAGAGAACGUGCUGAAGCCAGGUAAUUUAGUAAGAACCAACAACCACAUUUUCAGAAUAUUACUGUUCUAGAUGUUCAGUGAAAAAAUAUCCCAGUUUUUUUUAAACAUCCACGUUUAAAAUUGCCUAGGUGAACCAGUAACAGUGCAUUCUAGCAACUUCACUCUGUGCCAACACUUAUCUCUCACUUAGGGCAAAAUGUGGGCUUAGGGGAGGGGUGGGAAGGAUGCUUAGAUUCCAUUGGCUAGCCAUGUGAUGGUGGAUGCCUAGGUGAACUAGUAACAGUGCAUUCUAGCAACUUCACUCUGUGCCAGACUCAUUGCAUGAACGUUAAUUUUGUUGUGAAUCUUUUUUAAUUCAAGGGGGGGAGUAGGUUUUUUCAGCUUGUACUGUCAUUUGAUAAGUAGCUCUCUUGUUUUUCUAUUCAAUGUGUGGGCAAUCAUGUGAUUGGAAGCUCAAAUUCUAAAUCUUUUCUAAUCUUAAUUCUGAUCAUUAAAAAAGCCAGGAGUUAUUUGGAAUAGUGCUGUGGGAAUUUUUACGUGGAUUUGUAAUGUUUUUUAAUGUAGACAACAAGCCUUGGAGACAGAGCGCUUACGUGCAGCUAAAAUUGCUGCCCUUCCACCACCUAAGGACCCUAUUGCGGUAAGAAUCCUCUUUUGAUUGCUGGGUGUGACCCUUUAAUGCCCAAUAUUCACAUACAAAUUCUCCAUACUCAUUUCCAUACCAAGGUUGUCAGAAAGUUUUGAAGUAGACAGCUGAGUUGUCAAAGUAAGCGGCCAGUCCGGGGGUAUUCUAUUUAAAAAACGCCAUACGUAAAGAAAUGCCAAGCAGAGUAGCCGGCCGUUACUAACCAAGUAGGUGACAAUUUUCGCUGGCAGCCAGGUACUUUUGACAACCCUGCAUACAUUUCGUUGAAGAACUAGUUGAGAUAAUUAAUUUGUUUUUAGAUCGAAUCAUUUUCACUCAGGUGAUCAUUUUAUUAAUUCUCAUAACUUUUCUCAUGAUGAUGUAUUAAUAUUGUUGAGGGAAAAUUGAUGUUGGUCACUCUUGAAACUAAAAGAGUUACUUUCAGGUGCAGGAAUAAUGUGUGUGACUGAAGGUGUAAGGGUUAAGGAUAGAAAGUUACAGGAACUUUAGUCACAUUUGAACAUAUGCACAGACAUUCCAAACUCACUUUGUGAGUGCUUCAAGUAAAUAUGGCAAAAAAUUUUAAAAAAUGUUCAGUGUUAAAAAAGUUACUAAAUGCCAUUAUAAGGAUGACUAAAUAAUGUAAAAAAUAAUGCUCAGUGGCUCUGCUUCAUCUUUUUAUCAAUUUAUUUUUUUUUAUUUUUCUUUUUUAAGGACCUCUAUCUGAGGAAAGGUACGGUUUAAACUGUUCUACGUACUGUAAUAUUUACUCUUUUGUCUGAUGGGUUCUUAAACAUAAGAAAUUUAGUCUACUGGUGUCUGUUAAUUUUGACAAUAAUUACUCUGACAUAUGUUUUGUGUCUAAGUAGGCCAGAAGACUCGUGAGCAGAAUGUUGACAGCUUCAGUUCCACACGGUUCCAUUUGCAUCCCUCUGUGCAUGUCGAGCGGGAUUUGGAUCCAAAUCAGGUAACUUCAACAAGGGUCUAUAAUUGGUUUUUUGAGAUCCAGGGAUUUGAUGACUGGAAUUUGAGAUUAUGGAGAGAAAGAGGAGAAUGUUGGUCGUGUUAAUGAAUGGCGUACUUGGCAAUGUGGCAGUUUUUUGAUCCAUGAAAUUAGGAAGGUCAGAAGAAGCAAAAGCCAUAAGAAAAGUGGCCUGCAAUAUUCUUAAGAUAAUGCCACGCAGUAGUAAAAAAACUGGUAUUUUAAACUGACAUGCAGCUUUUGAAAGCCUGGUUUAGCCAAGUUUUGGCAAGUUUACUUGUUUGUUUUUUUGUAUUGCAAUGUCAAGUUGAUUUAAUUCUUAGUCAUAAUAUACACUGUAGUAAAUGGGAUUGAUGUGAUGGCAAAUGCUUACCUGUACAGUUUAAUUAAUGAGCAAGGGAUGGCGUAGUGGUGAGAGCACUCGCCUCCCAUCAAUGUGGCCUAGGUUCAAAUCCUGGCAUCAACGCCAUAUGUGGGUUGAGUUUGUUGUUGGUUCUCUCCUUUGCUCCGAGAGGUUUUUCUCUGGGGACUCAGGUUUUUCCCUUUCCUCGAAAACCAACAUUUCCAAAUUCCAAUUCCAUCAGGAAUCAGGUAGACAAAGAACCACUUUGUGGAUGUACAUGUGCUACCUCCAAAUCAUUAUCAUUAUUAUUAUUAAUAAUUUUAUUGCAGAAAGAUGCUGGGCAAGUUGCUUUAGAUGAGGAAGAAAGGUUACGAAUGCUUUUAGAGGUUUGUGCUUCUCUUUUAUUUAGAAAUCGUUUAUGGCAAGUUAAAAAUUCUUUAGAACCAUGGUGAUAAUUGGGGCAGCACCGUAGAGCUAAAUCUUCAUGAGUAGGAUGCCUAAAAUGUGUACAAUUCCACAAUUGGUUUCGGCGCCAUUUAAUCCUAUACCAACUGUAGAACAUUUUAGGAGGAGCCACCUACAAUGUGAGCACCAAUACCACCAAUACCAUCUAAGAUUUUUUUUAUUGUUUAUUUUAAAAAAAUAGUAAAAUAAUAGUUAUUGUGUUUACAAUUUCCUUGAAGAUCCUACUAAGAUGAACAGCACAUUUGUAAUUUUAGAUAGAAUUUCAGCUCAAUUUUAUAGACUGUUUGCAGGAUGCUCAACGAAAUAAAGUGGAACAAACUGAGAAGGCUCGACUGCGACACAAACAUGCAUUGGAAAUGCUACAACUGGAGGAAGUAAGAAUUGUACUAGUGUUUGGCAUUUUUUGCAAGUAGGGCAGCGUGCAAAGAAAGUAGUGUCUGAUAGCCCGGGACCAGUGGAUUUUGCCAUCGGGUUUGUGAAUUCUGUUGUUAACUUGCCCAACUGAGGGGCAACUGUGAAUUUUUUUGAGGAAUUCAAAUUACAUAAAAACUUUGUAAUCAAUCCAAAAUGGUCUUGGGCUAGUUUAUGCUUGCUAUAGUUUGCCUGAAUGGCAAGCUGUAAAACUGACUUUCUUUGCACCCUGGUAGGAUGAUUAUUAUAUUCUACAACAGUGUGUAUUAAGUGUGCUUUUUGUAGUUCACCCUUUUUAUGUGGCUGGUUACCCUGUUGUCCAUCAUUGUUAUCAGCACAAUUUGGGUAGCCUGUGUCUUUAAAGUUUUACUCUUGGCUUACAGCUACUUUUGUUUUCUUUUAUGGUUGCCAAAUUGCCGUUUAGUUUACAAAAUAGUUUUAUUGAUGAAGCUACAAGAAUGCUUAUGGUAAAAAAUGAAACUUGCUCGUCUUCUACCACCUUAUUCUGAAAUGAUUCAGUAGUUUAAAAUAAUAAUGUAAAAUAAAGUUAUUUAUUUUUGUAACAAACUUAUAAACAGGAUCACAAGAAACUGAUGGAAGAGCUUGGGCAACUGGAAAGACAUGACCGUCAAAGACGACAAGAAGCUGUUGCUAAAAUCCCAGUAAGGGUUCUUUUGUCAUCCUCUCAGCUCAAGGUGUCUUUUCUAAGACAUCCUGUACUGUCAAUGUUCUCAUUAUGGACACCUGUAUAAGAUGUCUAAUGUUGCAAAUUAAAAUUAAAUUCAAGAUAAAAACUUUUUAUCCUACAGUACUGCUCAAAAGUAAGUUGAUAGUCUCAAUUUAAUCCUUGAAACUCAAUUCUUGAGUCCGGAAACUCAAAUGAAUGGAGUUUGCGAGAGAUUCUAGGUUUAAAAAUUUCUAAGAAAACAAUUUACUCCCAGUAUCUAGAAAAUAUUCCAUAUGCAGAUACUGUUCAGUGGUUUGCAUCAACUGCCAGUGUUUACAUUUAAAGUUUAAAACAAAGCAGAGUUUUUUGGGGGCAAUGAAAAAAGACUAAUGAAAGGUUUUUAUCUUGAAUUAAUUUUUGGAAAAUAGACUGUUUUUUUUUUUGUAUGAAGUCUUUUCUUUUGAGUGAAAAAAAGUCUAUUGAUACAUGAUAUCAAUUUCCUUUUUUGCCUAGCCUGACACAGUUGUCUGUAGUUAUACUCUAAUAAAUAUUUUUAAGUUUACUCUAAUAUCUCCUUAUUUUCCUGGAAACUUUGUAUUCUGGUAUCGUUCAAAAUUUUUGUCCUUGUUAUGGCCCAUGUGUUCUUACACAACUUUUUUAAAACAACAAUCACAAGUCCGAACUGUAGGCUUAACAAAUAGAGAACAAUAAAAUGUAUUUGCGUAGUCUAUACUCUCAUAGACUUUAGCUCUUGACCAACUAGAGCUGAGAACUGUAAGUUAUUUUAAAAUACAGAUUAAGCUCUUGUAUUUUUUUGAAUUUAUGGUGACAGAGAGUUGUGCACUUUGCAUUUGGGCCAUAAAUUUGAGAGAAAAAAUACUCAGCCUGUAACCACCUUGAUUUUUAUGCCAGUUAGUAGUUUUUAAAGUUUGUUAUUGAUUGCUUGUGUUAGGUACGCAUCUUUCAGCCACCUCACAAACGUUUGGAAGAUGCAGAAGACCGACAGAGGGACUUAGAACAAGCGUUUGAAGACAUGUAUAUGAUGCAGACAGGUUAUUCAUUUUUCACUUGAUCCCAGUAAAUUUGCUUUUUGUUUGGCUGUGUUUGGCUUCACUUAUUUAUUUUGAAUAACACCAACUGGUUAUCUUGAAAAUUAUUGGUAGCAUAAAAUACGUACUAUAAUAAUAUAGAUUAUAACAAGUUUGGCUUGGAGUUGGUAAAAAAUUAAAAACAUCCAAAUGAAUAAGCGGCAUCUAUCCAUUAAGGCUUGGUACUUUUUAGGAAAAAGCAGCCUAAAAGUGUGACUUAAGGUGGAUUUCCACUGUCUUGUAAUUUUUACUUGUGUACGCUCGUCAAUAGAGGAAAUGUAUGAGAGUUCGGGCCUACGUGUUAAAACGUUGAAACUCGAUCAGGUUUACGUUUGUUACAUUGCCUCUAUUUUAUUUAUGCACAUAAAACUUAUGUGGGUACGCCAAAAAAAAAAAAAAAUGCGACGGUGGACAUCGACCUUUAGGCCCUUUAUUGUGCUUGGUCCUUAAACAAUAUUAUUAAUAAAGCUCCAGAGAAGUACAACUGUAUACAUUAGUGGUUCACAUUAGUGAUUAGCCUGUGAAUACAGGCAUUUCUCCGAGCUCCUCGCCACCAGGGACGUUUCGCCAGGAGGAACAUCUGCAACUCAGCAACAGAAAUUCCAUACUGACUUUUGGAAAGCCUCCUGAGUGUAUGAAUUAUCUGUCUGCAGGUUACACAGGUGAUUUGACUGUUGCUCUUGAGCCCCCUGAGAAUUUGAUGACAGCAGUAUCAGAAGACAGUGCUACCUCAGGUAGUUAUAAUCAUCGUUUAGUCAUACUGGUUUUCUUCCAGUUAGUUGCAAUAAUAACAGUUACUGAUUAAGAGUCUUCAUCGCCAAUGACAUCACGGCUUAACUGACAGACGACCAAUAACAUCGCGACGUAUUUGACCAAUCAGAUCAAUAAUCAGAGUGUAAUACCAUCAACUGACGUGAUAUAACUCACUUUGACUCUGAAGAUGACUACCGCACAGAUUGUCGAAACGUCAGUCACUGUCAACAACAGUCCUAUUCAGGACUACGUUCUCCCGCACAAUCAAACUCAACCUACUUUUGUAAUGACUCAUGGGUUCAAACCUUUGAUAACAACAACGACUUGUUUGUUUCUAAAAUAUACAUAAGCCUGGGAGCUCAGACGUACUGUAAAUCCGCUAUUAAGCCUCUUCUCAAAUAAGCCCCCUCUCUUUUAAGCCACCCGUCACUCCUCCCUCUUCUUAUUUUUCCCUUCACUGUAUUAAUCAAACACGACUAUAAAACGUCAUGUGGAUUUAGGAUGGUUUUUUCACCAACUGGCAGCUCAGAUUUGUUAGUGAUCCUUGGCUGCAAUUUGACCUCCAACUUCUUGUACUUGAGCUUUUCCACUUCGUAUUCUAGUUCUUUCGGCAGAACUGAUACCAUCAUCUUUGCUAAAUUAAAUACCACCCCCUACCCCCACCCCCAGGAGGGGUAUGAUAGAGGAUUUAUGGUAUUUCAGUUGGGUUAUGCAAGAGGCCCAAGAGGCUCCCUUUGUCAGGAUUCUUUUUGCAUGCAUUCCUUCGAGCCACUUAAGACUUAAACUACACAUUUGUAAGAAAUUGUUCAAAUAAUGCAAUCGGACAAUGUAGUAAUAUUGCUCUUUUUUUAAAUAAUGCAGCCUCAGAUAUUGAUAGAGGGUCUGUGGAAUCUGACGAGGCCAGAGGGGUAUGUCUAUUUUCUACGUUCAAACCACCACAUAUAUUACCAUCAUAAAAAUGUUAAAAAUACUUUCAGGAAAUAAAAUUAUCAGCUGUACGCACCGUGGGCUUAUGUGCGUGUUUCGACGUUACGCUCCAGGUCCUCAUUUCACGCACAUAACUUUCUAAAUUAAUCAAUACACUUUGGAGAUUAAUAAUAAAAAUAAUAAUGAAUUCAGGAGUAACAGUUCAGUUUACUGUAAUAACAGGCCCCAUCUGCUGUUCGUCCAGGGAGGAGAACAGAGAGUGGUGCGCAUAGGAGUGAACCAGGAAAGGAGCCUGAAGAAGCGCUCCCUCGAGACAAUGUCCCGAAAGCUCAGACUGAAGGUACUAGGUAUAAAUAGGUGUAUAACUCUGUAUUAAAAAUGUAGGAUUCUCAAACUCUGAAUGGAUUUUGACAUGGCAGUUAAAACUGACUUGUUUUAUUCAAUUUGGUAUCCGUAUGACACUGUCCUUGAGUGGGUUGGAAAACAACCUGGUCAUCAAGUAUUGGCGUCUGCCAGUUGCAUGACCAAAUGUUAUCCAGGUUCAUGUGAGCUAACGUGUACCGUAAUCUGUACAGGCCCUGGAAUGAUCCCAGCCCCCAAAAUGAUCCACAGCCUUGGAAUAAUCCCCUAAUGGAAUUGGUUAAUUCAUUUUGCACCUUCUCAAAUCCCCGGCUUCAGUAGUCAUUCCAAGAAUGACCCAGGGAUCAUUUCUUUACCGUGGCGGAAGAAAAAGGAGAUCAAAACGAUGUUGAGAUCAUACCUUGUUCAGUUGAUGUGUUUUGGAGCCACAAUCAAUUUUAGUCAUUGCAUGAACCUGUCUAGUUUAAGGCAGUUUAAUGGUGAACCAGCAGCAUAUUUCAUGAUCUAAAAUAAGGUGUAGAAGUUUUAGUCCAAGCUAGAUGGUGUGACCAUCGUUGACCCCAUCUACUUGAAGUGCCUUAUGUGACAGAGGGCUGGUCUUGUGAUUGGAAUUUCUCGAUCUGCAGAUCCGUUGAGACGUUUGCUACAGAGGAUUGAGAGGCAGCGUGACCAGUGGAAAAGAAGACAGCUGAUAGAAGAACCUCAUCCAACAGCGGCUGCGUCCACAGGUAAAUUAUUUGAACGAGUUUCAUUUAAAAGGGGUACAGAGGGACCCUGCCAUAGCCACACCCCGUGAAUGUGACUAUCCCCUUAUCACAUGCACUUUUUUGUGUUUCGAAAUUUUACCUCUUUACUAUGACUAGUUGAAUUUUUUAUGAGAAUAAAUUAAAAAAACAGUAAAGCUUUUUUCGAAGCUGUUCUAAGUACGUUAAGGACCGCUUCAGAGGUAUUUGUGAUAUCCAACAGAUUGAUAGCCAGAAUUAAACUUUAUUUGUCAUCACAUACUUCCGAAAUAUAAAGAUAUGUAUACAUAUUUCUGUAUCACAAAGUGCCACUACUUUGUUAAUUUGACCAGUUUUUUACGACCCCAAUCAGUUUCCUUUGAAUGCUGAAAUAACCAAUGAAAAUGGGAUAGCUUCCCCAAAACAUUCUUAUGAUACAAUUCGACACAACACAAACCCGUUCCCUCGCAAAACCUACUGAAACCCCUAAAUCCUCUAUUAUGCUCGGAGGGGAAGGGGGGUGGGGCCGGGGGCCUGCGGAUUUUCAAGCACGUUUGUUUGUGUCCUUGGACACUACUGUGAGCAGUAUUUUGUUCCAUACCCUAUUUUCAGAUGAUAUAUAAAGUUUUGCCUAUAGGAGUUAAAGGAAAUUAUUAGUUUUAUUUCAUCUUACAGAUAUUCCUCGCACUUUGCCUUCAACAAAGCCUUCAUCAGAGGAUCAAGGGUAUAGGUAGAUCAUAUAUUUUCAGAUGAAUGCUUUCUAUUAAAGGGAUACUUGUAUCAUAACUUGGCAGUGGAACCUCUGUAAUUGUUUUUAUGGAUUCGCUCUUAGUGUACUGACAUCGUGAGAAACAAGGUCAAACUUGUAUUACACGGUCAAUAGCUCAAGUCCCGAUUUUCCAUCUCCUUUAACAGUAAUCCUGCUUCUUUCUUUUUACAUUUGCAAAAGAGUUCCAGAAACCAUCCCUUUCUCCACCUCUCCUGAAAGCCUAGCAGAAGCGGAAUUAUCUGGCGAGGAAGCAGAUGGCAGAGAGCAUGCUAUCGAUGCGGCAGAUGAACCACGCCCUGAGGGCACACACUGGCCUGUCGUCAGUGAAGCACCCCACCCACCCACAGACAGCAUAAGGACGCUUCUCCAUCCCCUGGAAGCUGCCCAGAGGUCACGCACUACUACAUCCUCGGAAAGAGCAGUAUGUAUCUCUUAGGGAAGGGGGGGGGGAGAAAUGUUACCGUUCGAGUAGGUUGCCACAAGUUAUUAUUUUCCCUUAUUUAUUUAUUUAUUUAUUUACAUUACCUCUUCGUACGUAGGAUUACAGCAUGUCAUUCAAUUUGAGAUAAAAUUCAUAGUACCGUAAUUACAAUACAAGAUAUCUUAAUCUUGAAUAACUAAACAGUUUAAGUUCAACAAGAGCACUUUCAUAGAUAACGGUAACAGGACUGAGUGGAGUCCAAUUUGGUCUGUUAUCAUACGAGUGAUUAACAAAAUCCCGAUUUGUUUAAUCACGAUUAUGAUUACAGACCGAAUUGGACGAUACAAAGUUCUGUCGCCAAUUAAUCAUAACUAUCACAAAAUUUGUGAUAUCUUAGGCUUUUUUCUAAUUAAAAUACAAGAAAUUCCGAGUUUCUUUUGCUAGCAGUGAAAAAAAAAGCCAAUUAGGUGUGCACAUGGAAUGGCGCGUUUUAUCCGAUUACUUAGGCAUGACGCGUACUUUCCUAUUACACUGUCCUAUUAGUGUUGAAAUCAGAACAGUUGAUAGCCAAUAAGACUUAAGAAUUUUGUUAUAGUUAUCAUUUAAUGGGUUAUACAGAACGAUCAAAACAGUGAGUGAUGAGGAGACGUCAGAACAGCAAAGGCUUGUACAAGGAGGUCGUACGUAAUGUGAUCUUACACAUCAUUCUAGAUUAUAGACAAACUUCGCCAAUAGAUGUGUCACAAAGCGUGUGAAAGGCUUGUUUGAUUUUUCAAAUUCGAUGAAUUUUUUCACAGGUUACCAAUUCAAUGAAUUUGUUCACAGGUUACCCAUCAGGAUGCGCUUCUUGAGCAACAAAAACUCAAGUUAAAACUACAGCAGCAAAACCUCCUACAGCAGCAACUGGAGCAACAAAUUCAGGACUAUCAACGGCAGCUAGCUGAUAUAUAUGGAACAACUGGGGCACCAGCAGGACCCUUACCGUCAGGGACUCUCCGGGUCCCUGAUGAGCAUAUGCCCCUGGAGGAACCAUUUCCUACUGGAGCCCCUUAUGAAGGAGUUGCGUCUCUUGAAGACUCUGUAAGCGAAGGGUUGUUUGUUGCAAUCGUUGCUAUGAUAUGGCAACAGCACCUAAGCGAUAAUUGUGGCAUUAAUCGCUAGACGCGUUUUAGCCACUGUGGCGAUUAAAAUGAAACCAGUCUCUUUCCAGUCUUGAAUCCUGUCAAGCUUGUUCCUCCAUUCAAGGGACACAAACCUUUUUCCCCAAAAUUGUUCAUCUUAGAGUACUUUCCAUUUGUUAGAACUGGUCGCCCGGACCAUGGCCCGACCAGUCUGUUUGAAAAUGAUAUAGGCUUUUUCCAAGAGGUUUUGCUAAAAAAAACUCAUCUCCUUCGUGCAUACUAUUUAGGAUUUGAUUGAUCUGGCUAGAUAGUUUUGACUAAAACGGAGGAUGUCAUUGCAACGGGAAUGGUCUGGCCGUUCAGUUCUGACUAAUGGAAAGCGCCCUAGUUAUCUGUAUUGAAGGGACACCCCUAUUUAGGAGACACUUGUCCUCGAACCAAUGGCAUCCCCUGAAUGGAGGUGCCAUUAUAUGAUAAUCUUUGUAUCAGUUACUUCUAUUGAAGGGACACCUGUAUUCUGGGGACAUUUGUCCAGGUUCCUUAAAUGGGGGAUCUACUAUAGUGAAGACAGAUCAAAGCAGUCGUCCCAAACUAAGAGAAACUAAAACAAAUCUCAGUCUGAAAUCCCAAAAGAAGCGCGGAUUGUGAUGACUAGCUUGAGGUUCCUGAAGUGAUAAUUGGUUUCCUAAAAUAUUGGCGAAUUUGGUUGAUUGUUUCUCAGGGACCAAGACGUGGACAGACCUCUCAGGCCCAGCCUGGGGUCCCUACCAUCACAUCACACGAGGGGUCCCCACUGAUGUCGGACGUUCUUGAGUCAUCAACCCUCAGCAGUGCAACAUCGAAUGAAACGGAGGCUGCUCUUCCUUCAGAAUUUGAAAGGACACUGGCAGCGGCCCGAGCUACUGCAGACAGGGCAGCUGAAAUGCGUCAAAAGGAGAGAGACGUCUUGCAGGAGCUCAGUAGAGCAGCACUGGAAGAUGUGCCAUUUAGCAGCCACACCCAUUCAGAGAGGGACGCUUCCCCUAGAAGCACUCCGACUCUUCAAUCCCAGGAGCUUGUUAACAUAUCAACUCCUUCCACUCUUUCAUUAAGCGUGACAUUGUCUUCUGACCUUAGCGUGACAGCUGCUGCGUCACACACUGUGACAUCUCGUUUCUCUGAUCAUGCUCUUUAUUCAAGUACUCAGCCACGUACAAUUCCUUUCCCUAACGUUGGUGACACAGCCAGCGUUACAGCGACAACAUCAUUGCUUACGAAGACUUCACAGUAUCUCGGGCUUUCUCGAGAGCCUUCGUCAAACAUUCGCUCUUUCCCUGUGCUGACUUCGGGCUCCGACGUUCAAACUCGUUUCUCAGUUGUUUCGCCUUCUCCAGUAUCUAGCAUUCGAGCCGUAACAGAGCCUUCUCGGAUUAAUCCAUUAACGUUUGCAACUACAAGUCUAUCAGGAGGAGCGACAGCAGUUUCACAUUCCUCUGCUUCUCAGCUGGCCAGUCCGGUUUAUUCCACCGGAUAUUUGGACUACUAUAAGCAAAAAAUAGAGGAGGAACGCCAGCUUUUUGAAGCCCAAAGAAAACGAAUCCGGCGAUACAGUGACAAGUUUAAGAGCUCCUCCUUCGAAGGUCCAGGAUCUCAAACAUAUAAGGCCCCAGUGAUAUCAAGCACAAAUGCUCCACAGUCAGAGCCCCAUUUAAGCUCGCCAUUUUUAUCGAACCUGCGGGGUGAUGACGCAGGGGUGCUUGGUUUGGACCAAAACAAAGAAAAUCAAGGCUUAAUCGCAAAUUCUGUAGGGAUAAGAGGACAAGACAGAUUACGGGACAUUUCUCAGAGACUGAACACAUUAGAAAAGACACUGACCACAAGUGACAGUUCCAUCCCUGUCACUUCAGUCAGCUAUACAUCGAAGCCUGUUUCCACAAGCGGAUGGAGCUACGGGUCCAGUACAGAGUACUUAUCGCUUCCACGUAACACUGCUGGUCGACAUUUCCUAGGUAGCGCAGGCUCAACGUUGUCUUCUUUGUCAGAGUUGACGGAAAUGAUGACGAGAUUGACAUCUACGAGUGACGAAUCUGACAAUAAAUCCCUCAGGGCCGGAGCCACAAGUGGUCCAUUAUCCAUGAUUUCAAAAGGGCCCCUGAAUGUUGCACAUUCGCACGCCCCUAAAGAACCAAGCGCUGAAUUUUCCAGUGCUAAUGGGCCUACUGGAAUCCUAUCAGGGUCACGUUGGACGAGGGGCUCAGAUGGAAAACCAUGGUAUGUGCUGUCACGAUCAAGCACCUUGCCUUCUGCGGGAACGUUAGGUAGGGACGCUGUACUCCCUGAGAUGGAAGAAGAGGACAAUGUAUUUCCAGAGGUCACAGGCUAUAAAAGUAAGUCCUUGAGAAAUGCUGUUAGCCGACGUUAUCAUAGUUGUUUCUAAGGUAGUGGAAAUGAUCCCCAUAAGUGAAUAAACAACCUAAGCGGUUGAAAAAGAACCUGAAAAAAUUCAGGCUUGACCGGGAAUCGAACACUGAUCUUUGCGAUGACCGGACGCAAUGCUCUAUCCAUUGAGCCAUUCCAUUCAUCUAAUUAAUAUAUGAAUGGAAAUAUAAAUAUUGGAACUCUACUACGGAAAAAUCGAAACACAGACUUCCUGAAUGGAAAUAUAAAUAUAUUUUAAUAAUAUAUCGGUAAGAGUAGUUUUUUCCAGGUUUUGAGGAAAUGUAAUAUAGAAUUAAAUAUUUCCAUUCAUGCCAUCCCCACCUUCGGGUAUAUUAGGAACUUACAAUGGCUUGCUCUCCAGUUGGCUUGUCUAGAUCUUGAAAGGUCGGGUUCGAUUCCGGUCAAGCCUGAUGUUCUUUUCAGGUUCUUUUUCAACCGCUUAGGUUUUUUAUGCAACUACGUGGAUCAUUUCCACUUUGAAUUCAUAUCCUUAUCCGCAGUUCAAAAAAUGAGUCAUUUCGUUUACUUCCAUUCAUAAUUUUUGCUGUUUGGUUUUUAAAGUUCACAAUAAAAAAGACCACAGUUAUUUUAUCCUUCUUUUGACUGAGAAAAUGCUGUGCUCGUGUACGUUGUGUUCGGUACUAACCCUUGAAGGGCCCGUUUCCAUGCAGAUGGGGGACCCCAGGUAGGUGAGGUAACAUGUGUCUACUCACCCCACCUAUAAUGUAAACGUGAUCAAAUUAAAAUGAGGGAUUAUAUGGACAGGAGAAUAACCCCAUCUAUAGCAGGCUACAUCACCUACCUGGGGUCCCCCACCUUCAUGUAAACAGGCCUUAAGUCCCAAGAAUGACCAACAUCUAUUUUCUUCAAACAAUAUCAAUACAUCGUUAAGAGAAAAGGAACUGAGAACCAAUGCAAUGUCCGCAAAAGGAAAAAAAAUGCUUUGAUCUUUUAUUAGAUUCUCCUAAGUAUUUUCUUGAGGAAAUGCAUGGAGACCAGUCUUAAGAAUUUACAUGAGGAUCCUGGCAAGAGUUGCAUUAUGACACUAAGGGCCUGUUUACAUGGAGUGGGGGACCCCGGUCUAGUGGGGUUGGUUUCUUUUGUUUUCACGCUCUUGGGGACGGGGACACAAAACAAAAGAAACCUACCCCACUAAACCGGGAUCCCCCACUCCAUGUAAACAGGAUCUAAGUCUUCCUGAAAUUGGUGAUAACAGACAACCAUUUUUUUGGAUUGAUUUGAUUCAGUUAUUGCACGUAUCAUUAGAGCGCUCAUGAAUGUACCUAAUUAAUUAAGACGACUAAGGAGAGGCUUUAUUAGGGCCAUUUGUACUAGGGAAAAUAAGACACGCCCUCAGCAAGACUUUUUUUCACACAAAAUGCGAAAUAUAAAAUAUGGCGUGACUUAACUAAGACACGUUCCGUCUUAGAAGGACACCUGCUCUUGAGUUAGACGAGUCUUUGCUAAGACGAAGCAAGUCUCGUAUAAAUGAGCUUCGCGUCUUGUGCAUAUAGAGCGUUUUCACAUGACGCCAUGAUGGCCAUACUGGUGUUCCAAAACAACGAAAUGGCGGCCAUGUUGGUUUCUAAACAAAUCCUGAAAACACGAGCGCGCGUGAAAUUCACCCCAAGCGAGAAAGGCGGGGUGAUUUUCACGCGCGCUCGUGCUUCGCUCGCCCUACUAUCCCUGAGGAAAAAUGGGGUCUACUCGUAGUCUAAACUCUUUCCUAAUGUAGAUACUUUCUUUUGUUGCAAUAAAUUUGCAUAAAUGCCAGCCACGUGAGAGAAAACGCUCCAUUACGCAUGCGUCAUUUUAACGCGUGCGCUGUUGAAACGCUGUUACUAAAGGGAACAUUCACAGCAAAACGAGUCUGUACCUAGAAAUAAGACGCGGUAGUGAACCAAUGUACGAUAACAGAAGAUUCUCAUAUCAAAGGCGGGACCUUGAUGUGACCAGUGACAUUUUAUAGAAGGGUAUUAUCGUACAACUUGAAAGAAAUAUUCUUCUCUCUUUUCUCUCUCUCCCAUUUUGAAAUUAACAAAACCUCUGUGUGACAAGGGGAAGUUGCUUUAAAUUCUGGUUCACUAUUUACUUCGUUUCCUUUCAAGGUCCUUUGUCAGGCAGCGAAGAGACUGGGUCGACAACAAGUGCGCACCUUGGCAGGGCCGAAAAACUGGAUGAUUCAUCCUCAGCUAGUGGCGUCAAUGCACUGAUGUCAUCUACGGUAAAUUAAUAGGCAUUUAUUUAUUUUUUAUUUAUUUUGUUCUGAAUAGACCUUAUUCACGAUACCUGCCAUCUUUUAAGGGCUUAAGGGCUGAUGGGAUAAAAGCAAUGUCACGUGGUUUCUCAGGGGGAAACAAGCAAUCAAAUCUGCCAAUACAAGAAAUCGCGGUCGAGUUUGUUUAUUGUAGACAACAGAAAAUGAAGAACUAUAAUGGCAAUAGACCUUUUCUUAUUUUUUCAACUUUUGACAUGGACAAGUUAGGGAAAAUUUGUCGACACCACGGAAAAAAGCGGCUUAAGAUUAGUAUGAUGGCCUAGUUUGAAAGUGAUUAGCCUGUACACAGACGUUUGAUUUUUCUUUUCGAUCUUUUCGAAAACGUCGGCGAGCUAGCGAGCGAAGCGAGUGCGCCCAAUGACGGCCAAUAAAUUCUCUGCGGUUUAUAUUUUAUCACCUGCCGCGCUCGACGGACUUUGCAGAGAAAAUAGAGGGUCUGUGAACAGGCUAGAAAGUGAUUUGUUGAAAACUAACAAAGAUAUAACUCCUUAAGGUCGCAAAAUUUUCCCGGGUGGGGAGACUCCCCAUACGAAAGGGGUGGGGAUGCUCGUCGUCUCGCUUAGGGGUACAAAUCUCGGAUGUUGGUCUCACUUAGCGUGUGCUGGGCAAAACGCCAUCAUAUUUAGCCAUGAAGGUCUCGUUUAGGGUUGCACGCGAAAAAUAUAUAUUGUCUGUGUUUUAUUAUGGUCUCUUUUAGGGGUCAAAAAAGCUUGGGCUCCUUCCAGAUCGGUCUCCUUUAGGGGUUUAAUUCAAAAUUUCCGACGAGCAUCCCCACCCCUUUCAUAUACGGAGUCCCCCCCGGGAAAAUUUUACGGACGUUUUUAUGGUAGGGGGCACAAACUUGGCCUCCCAUCAUACAAACGUCUGUAUACAUUGCUUUUGGGCAAGUAUCGCCAGUAAGGUCUAUUAUAAUCCAACUGCAGUCAACACCCCCACUAAAUGGUCUUUUCUAUAAGGUAAAUUCCUAGAAUUGUCUGACUGAUUCUGACAUAAGAUAAAACAUGAAUAAUUGACCGGUUUUUCUCAACUCGUUACUACUAAAAAUUAAAAAAAGCCAAAGACAAUCGUUAUGGAUCAGGAUCUCCAAAGGGAUUCUUCAUUUUCUUGCAGAUCCUUGGAAAUCGUCUUUAGUUAGAAGUUACAUCAAACACUUGAAACAGAGUUUCAUCACGGCCAUUUGAAGGUUGUGCGUGAAGCUGGAUUUGUGUUGUGUCGAGUUGCUUUAUGGGACUGUUUUGGGAAUUUUUAUCAGGGAUCUUUAGCAUAGACGACACUGACGGCAACGAUAACGUCACACAAACGGUGACUUCAAACUUUGCUAUCACUCCAUCUCUGUCAAUUUUUCAAAUGUUGGCGAAUUUUUCUGGAGUUUAAUUCUAAAAGACCGUCUCUCAAUCUCCACCCAGAGCUCUUCUGUGCAUGUAGAGGAUUCCCAAACCCGUAAGCACUGGGGUCGAGAAUAGACCGUAUCCAAGUUGAGAAAAGAAAAAAAGGUCAAAAUUCGUCUUCAAAGCCAGUCCUAUAUUUCAAUUCAACACAACCGUGACUCCAUCUUUCGGACAACCUGCAAAUGGUUGAUAUCAAGUACAAAAAAAUUCUGCUACGCGUUGUAUUUCCUACUAUCUCCUUGGUGUUUGAUAUGUGAUGAAGCAUUGCGUCUCGUGUUUGCCAUUAAGUGCUCGGAAUAUUGAACGUUAAAACCAUCAGGGAUGUGUGAAACUUGUACUUAAUUAGCUGAUGGGAUGAUGUUCCAUUAAAAAUCAAAAAGUGUCAAAUGUCUUUUUCCCAUGUUCCUUUCCAAGCAAUUACGUUCUUAUUGUCCCUGCAGUACAGUAACGUUUACAUUGUUCUCUGUUUGUUGUCAGAUAUCUUCUGCGUCUAGUGGAUCGUUAGCUGACUCGCCUAAGGUUAGCGAUGUCCAAGGUGAUUCUAGCAGCCUCUCUAGCACUGGAAAAUAGACCUGAAAUGAUUUUCGCCGUUGAACCAGAAACUGAGAGAAACCGCAAUCGUCUUCCAUACUUCGUUAAUAGAGAGCUUUAGAUGCGGGGACGAGGACAGCUACAAGGACGACAUUUAAUUUCAAGUUUUCCGGCCUCUUCUCUAAAAAACGACACCCCGGAAAGCAUCAAUGUACUUUUUUUCACCGCAAAAGUUACUUCGCGUAUUUCCGUUGAUGGAGGUAAAGCCCUCUCGCAAUCGCUGAAUGAUAAAAUUCCUAACAUUUGGUAACUUGUUUUCCCACCACGACAUUCUCGCUAAAACUCGUAGUAGAUUGACGACGUGCUACCAUGUUUUCCCGUUGGUUCGUGCGCGUGCACUACUUUUUAUUGGGAAAAUCUCGUUCUUACAGUCGUUCUCAUCUUAGAAUCUAAAGCUCUCUAAUGGUAUGAAGAAUACAAGAGUGGCAAGGCAAAAGCCUUAUCAACGCAACUGAAG